UACAGGACGCGACGCGAUGGAUCCCGCGCAGGUGCGCGCGCUCUACCGGGGUUUCCUGCGCGAGGCGCGCAAGUUCACGGACUACAAUGUGCGCGAGUACAUCAAGCGCCGAUCCAGGCAAGGAUUUCGCCAAUCCGGCAAUGCGGCAGAGGCAUUUGCGACCGGUAAGGAGCAGCUCGAGGUAGUGAAGCGCCAGACGGUGGUGUACUCGCUCUAUGCUCCUAGCCUCAAGAACGUGAUGGAGAUCGGCAAGGCCAGGAAAGCUUGAAACGAGUGGAAAAGUCUGGUUUUGAUCUUCAGUGUGUUCUUUCCUUGCCUGUAAUCAAUGCAGUCGCUUCUUUCGCUUGA